UAAAAGGAUGGUGUUAUGAGCAGGCUAUUUUAUCUACAUUUAUCAUACUAAAAGUAGGCUAUGUGUUUCAAUAAGAACCUAUAGGCCUUUGGAUCAAUUAGGCCUAAUUAUCCAUUUAUAAACCUACUCUUCAUUGGGAACGUAUUUUUUCGCGGAAAAUUAUACUAAGGCACUAUUUCCAUAUAAAUAGAUACAUAUUAUGUGACUAGAUCUACAAAUAAUGAUUUCCGAUAAAAAAUGGUGACUAAAAACUUCACUGAUCUGCUUUGCAGCGGGGAAUUACUUUGGGAUGAAUCUUUAACAUGGACAAACAACUCAUGGCCACAGUUUACAGAUUGCUUUCAAAAGACAGUCAUAGCAUGGAUACCCUGUGGCUGGGUUUGGUUAUCUGCCCCUUUCUAUGCUUACCAUUUGUUGUCUGAUAAAAGAAAAGUUCAACCAAUCAGGUUCCUGUUUUGUCUCAAAAUAUUUUUCAUUUUAGCUUCAAUUGGUGUACAUAUUGUUCAUGCCUUUGAGUCAUUCAGAGACAGGAAAUCAAUUGCUUCAAUAACAUCUCCUCUUAUAUGGAUUGCUACAAUGUUUCUACAUUCCUAUUUAGUUUAUCUCGAGAGAACCAGGAAAAAAGUCAGAUCACCGAUUUCCUUUAUAUUUUGGAUCCUGGUUACUAUAGCUUCAUCUAUUUCCUUGCAUACAACUUUAAACCUACAGUUAUAUCUUGCAGAUGAGGCUACUCUACCUUUGGUCUGUAUCAAGUUUGCAGUUUCAGUGCUGUCUGUCUUAGUACACUGUCUUCCAGACUAUGUCAAGCAAAAAGACAAAGAGGGGAAAAAUCCAGAGUUAUUUUCUUCUUUGAUCACCUGGAUUUUUCUUUUCUGGUUUGAAUGGCUUGUUAUAAAAGGAUUUAAAUCCAAAUUAAGUGAUGAAGAUAUUUUCAAGCUUCAUCCUCAAGACAGAACCAAGAGAACAGUAAAGAAGUUUUUAUACUACUGGGAUAAAGAAGUAAAUAAGAAAGUCAGGAAGAAAGCAAAACAGAAAUAUACACUUGAUGAAAACUGGGAGGCAGAGAUUCCACUUUUGCCUUUGUCUUCCUCACACCCGCCUGCGCAUGUGCAGCCAUUGAAUGGCGAGUUUAACAAAACUGUAAAUGACCCUGGAGAGGCUGGACUUGACGAAGUGGAAUCUAAGAUGUCACAUAUUGAUGCUAGAAAACAUCACAGUAAUGAGGAAGUAUUACCACAAGUAUCGCUGAAUAAGAUAAUGGUGAAAUGCUAUUGGCGAGAAGCUAUCUCAGCCCAAUCUGGAAUGAUAAUGCACAUAGCAUUCAACAUUUGCAGCCCUCUUGUGUUAGGUUGGCUGAUCAAUUUUACAAGGAACACAGAAGAGCCUUCCUGGCAUGGCUACAUAUAUGCCGCUGCUUUCAUUCUCCUAAGAUUUCUCUAUAAUAUAUUUGUCAAUAUGUCUAAAUGGUGUAAUAAUAGAUUUGCUUCCAGAGUCCAGUGUACUGGUAUGGCAACUAUUUUUAGAAAGUCACUGACAAUGAGCAGUGAAGCACGGACAUUAUCCACAACUGGUGAAAUCAUUAAUUUAAUGUCUGUGGAUGUUGGUCAUAUUGAGGCAAUGUUGAUUGGAUCUUUUUGGUCUUGGGUGUCUGCUAUUCUGCUUGUAGUGGGUGUUUAUCUUCUAUACACAAUUAUGGGCCUUGCACUGCUUUCAGGCUUAGGCUUCAUGUUCUUAUUAUUUACUAUGAACAUUUUGUCCUCACGGAAGAUGAGUUCCUAUCAGGAAAUCAUUAUGACUAUCAAAGAUGAAAGAUUAAAAGUCAUGAAUGAAAUUCUAAAUGGAAUGAAGGUCAUCAAGUUGCAUGGCUGGGAGCCACUGUUUAUAAAAAUGGUCAAAGACAUUCGUGAGAAAGAGUUGAAAAUCUAUUUCAAGUAUUGUUUAUUGGCAGGCUUUGAAACAUUCACUUGGCAUGUGGCCAAUGUGUGGACCUUAUAUUUCAUGCUUGUGACCUUUGUCAUGAUCUCAGAACAGCACUAUGUAGGGGCAGCAACCAUCUUCCUUACAAUCAACUAUGCAAAUCUGGUCAAAGUAGCCAUGAAUAUGCUACCAUUUUUUAUAGGUGACCUAGUCAAAACUUUAAACUCAACGUCAAGGCUGAACAAAUUUUUGAACUCUGAAAAUAUAAAUACUGUUCAUUUAAUUAGGAAUACAUCUGACCCUUUAGCAAUAAGAGUUAUUGAUGCAGAUUUUUCAUGGAUCAAGUCUGGACCCUGUAUUUUGAAAAGCAUUAAUCUUGAAGUUACUCCUGGUGAAUUGAUAGCUGUUGUAGGAUCUGUAGGCUGUGGAAAAUCAUCAUUGUUAGCAGCAAUGUUAGGAGAGAUGCAUACAUUAAAGGGAUAUAUCAAUUUGAAUUCUUCAGUGGCUUAUGUCCCACAGCAAGCCUGGAUACAAAAUAAUACUCUCAAAGAAAAUAUUUUAUUUGGAAAGCAGUUGGAUAGAGAGUAUUUCCAGGAAGUUGUCACAGCAUGUGAUCUAACACCUGACCUGAACUUAAUGCCUGCUGGUGCUGACACUGAAAUAGGAGAAAAGGGCAUCAACUUGUCUGGUGGUCAGAAGCAGCGUGUCUCCCUGGCAAGAGCUGUCUACAGUAAGGCGGAUAUUUACUUGUUGGAUGACCCACUGAGUGCUGUAGACAGCCAUGUUGGGAAGCAUAUCUUUGAUCAUGUUAUUAGCAAACAGGGAUUGCUCAAUGAUAAGACAAGAAUAUUAGUAACUCAUGGCAUUCAUUGGCUACCAUUUGUUGAUCGAAUAAUAGUAAUUUCUGAUGGACAAAUCUCAGAGUCUGGUUCUUAUGAGGUUUUAUUGGAUCACAACGGUCCAUUUGCUCAGUAUAUGCUUCAGUUUUUGACACAAAACGUUAACAAUGUGGAUAGUCCAGAGGAAGAUACAAUUGGUGAUGAAGUAAAACAAGAUAUUUUAAGACGUCUUGCUUCUGUCACAAGUGAAAGUGAUUGUUCUGUUGCAUCAGAGCGAAAAUCAAAAACACCUGGUGCCCUAGAUAUAAACAUCAGUACCUCAACAUUAUUUUGCAGCAACAAAGAAAUAAAUCUGAGAUCAAGUGGAAGAGGGAUCGACAGAUCAAAAGAAAAUUUGCAUGACACCAUCAGUCAGAAGAAUGCUGUAGUAGUUUCUGAAACACACAGACUUACAACAGAUGAAAAGAUAGUAGAAGGAAAAGUGAAGUGGUCGCUCUACUUCAAGCUGAUGCAGAGUUUAGGACCUCACCAUGCAGUUUUAAUAUUGUUCUUAUUUAUAAGCUACCAAGUGGUGUUCAACUUUUCCUAUUUUUGGCUUGCUGAUUGGAGUGAUGAUGUCAGAUUGAACAAUUUCACAGACCUUCCAGCAAACAGUGAAGAGAGAAGAAACCGGAAUGUUUAUUAUAUUGGAGUUUUUACUGGGCUCACAGUUUUAAUGACUCUCUUUGAUGUGACAUAUGCUGUGAUAUUUCAAAUGGGACACAUGAGGGCAGCCAGAACAUUUCAUGACAACCUCCUGUCUGGUGUUAUGCAUGCCCCAAUGAGCUUCUUUGAUACUACACCCAUUGGCCGUAUACUGAAUCGCUUCAGUCAAGACAUUUACAGUGUGGACAGCCACAUUUUUAUAGAGAUAGAGACCUGCUUGGACAACCUGUUGAAAUGUUUUAGCACACUGAUAGUGAUCAGCUAUACCAUGCCAGUCUUUCUCUCAGUGGUGGCUCCCAUUAUUGUGAUUCUAUAUUUUGUUCUGCAACUUUACAUCAGAUCAUCUUGCCAGAUUCGGCGCAUCAAUUCAAAUAACAGAUCACCUAUUUAUUCACACUUUAGUGAAACACUUUCUGGAGUUAGUGUGAUCAGAGCCUAUCAGGCACAAGAUCAGUUUAUUGCUGACUCUUUGAAAAAAGUGGACACUUUCCAGCAAUCCUACCUAGCAUAUAAAGGUUUAAACAGGUGGCUAGAAGCACGCCUAGGCCUAGUUAGCUGUGUCAUAUCAACAGCAGCUACCAUAUUUGCUGUUGUAUAUAGAAAUGAUCUGUCACCUGGCCUGGUUGGGCUGGCUAUCACAUAUGCUCUAAGGGUGAGUAAUGACAUGAAUGUGCUGACCAUAACUUUUGGAAAUCUUGAAAACCACAUCAUCUCACUGGAACGUAUCAUGGAAUACACCAAGCUUCAAAGUGAGGCUGCAUGGGAAGUUGGUAGUGUUGAUGAUCUGUGGCCAAUUGUUGGUACUAUAGAAUUUAUCAAUUAUGGUACCAGAUAUAGAAGUGGACUUAGUCUAGUACUGAAAAAUUUGAGUUGUGUUAUACAUGGAGGUGAAAAGGUAGGAAUUGUGGGAAGAACAGGGGCAGGUAAGUCCUCCAUGAUGUUAUCUUUGUUUCGCCUCAUCGAAGCAGCAGAAGGAAAAAUCUUGAUUGAUGGAGUAGAUAUAUCUUCCCUUGGUCUGCACACUCUUAGAAAGAAGUUAACUAUUCUGCCUCAGGAUCCGGUUCUAUUUGAUGGCAGUAUUCGCAUGAACCUUGACCCCUUUAGUGAAAAGUCAGACUUAGAACUAUGGAAAGUCUUGGAAAAUGCUCGUUUGAAAAACUUUAUUGAAGGUCUUCCUAAUACUUUAGAUUAUAAAGUUGGGGAAGGUGGUCACAAUCUUAGUGUGGGCCAACGCCAGUUGAUUUGUUUGGCAAGGACUCUGCUGAGGAAAUCUAAAAUAUUUAUUCUGGAUGAGGCCACUGCAGCUGUUGACAUGGAGACAGAUGAAUUCAUUCAGACAUGUAUAAGAGAGGAAUUUGUUGGCUGUACUGUCCUGACCAUAGCACACAGACUCAAAACAGUGUUGGACUAUGACAGGAUCAUGGUGUUAGAUGAUGGUCAAGUGGUUGAGUUUGAUUCUCCCAAAAAUCUUCUUUCUAGGGUGGACUCAGUAUUUUACUCCAUGGCAUCACAGGCUGGACUAGUUUAGAGAACAAAGUACACACUUACAAAUACUCUAAGACUAAUGAUUAGUUCGGUCACCAAGGUGCCAUACAAUGUUGAAAUGCAAUUAACGUUGUCUAAAGUGAAUCAAACUUUUAUGUUUCUAGUCAGUGCCAUUCCAAAAAUUUGUCUAUAAAGAGUGAAAUAUUUUAUUAUUGUAAUCGUCUCUUACAUGUAGCCUUGACAUUGUGUGACUUUAUGCCAUGAAAUGUGAUUGUUGAAUAAUAACAUACACAACUUUUGUUUUUAUAAAAAAAAAAAAAAAAAUAAAAGAUAUAUUUAUUUUUUUAAAAGUUACAUUGUCAUUGAUUUCUGUAGUUUUAGAACUAAGCUAAUAAUAAAAAUCAAAGUCAAAUUUUGUUCAUAAUUUUAAUAUAUUAAAAUAUAAUUACAAAUUCAAAUUUGUAUUGGUUCUAUAAAAUCAACUUAUACAGUCCCUUACAAAAAAUGUAAUCACUUCAUUUCUAAGUUACACACAUUUGAAAGCAGUAAUUGAAAGCAGUAUGCAAAAAAAUCUUACCACUAAAAAAAAUAUUACCAAACCAUAACUCAUUAAAAUGUUGAUAUUGAAACAAAAAUAA